AUGCUGUGUGUGUUCAGGGGAGAUAAGACCUCCGUCCCCAGAGGAGAGCCCUGGGCGCUGGGCUGGGGAGGAGGAGGUCACCUGGGUUUGGGGGUGGAGAGUGGUUUUAACCUCUUUUUCUCUUCUCCCCCGCCUCUCUCUCUCUCCCUCCCGGCAGGUUUCUCCACGCUGUCGCUGGCAGACCAGAUGAGUCUACUACAGAGUGCAUGGAUGGAGAUUCUGAUCCUGCGUGUGGUGUACCGCUCGCUGUCCUUCGAGGACAAGCUGGUGUAUGCUGAGGACUACAUCAUGGAUGAAGACCAGUCCAAGCUGGCAGGUCUACUUGAUCUCAACAACGCCAUACUGCAACUGGUGAAGAAAUACAAAGCCAUGAAGCUGGAGAAGGAAGAGUUUGUUACUCUCAAGGCUGUAGCUCUGGCUAACUCAGACUCUAUGCACGUAGAGGACGUGGAGGCGGUGCAGAAGCUCCAGGAUGUGCUCCAUGAGGCCCUGCAGGACUACGAGGCAGGCCAGCACCCGGAGGACCCUCGUCGGGCAGGCAAGCUGCUGAUGACCCUGCCCCUGCUCCGUCAGACCUCCACCAAGGCUGUGCAGCACUUCUACAGCAUCAAGCAGGARGGCAAGGUCCCCAUGCACAAACUCUUCCUGGAACUGCUGGAGGCCAAGGUCUGAUUGGCCAACCACGUCCACCACCUCCGAAAUGUCAGUCAGUCACACACAGGCUCCUCCCAUUGACCCCCCAAAACCCCACAUGACAUCUGAACUUCCCAAACUCGCCGCCCACUGAGAAAGAUGGGUGGGAGUAACCUCUGAACUUUAAUCCCUGACCUCCGUGCAUUAGGGGAGACACUGACACUGAGACGAGUCCUCUGCUGGAGGGUCGUCUGUGUACAAACUAUAACCAAGUCAUAAACCAGCUACCAUAACAAUGGCACUGUAAACUAUUGACUAUCGACCUCGUGUCACUUAUACAUAUAAGAAUGAUUAGCAAUGUGAUUAUUGACUAUUGACUGAUGAAAAUAUUGAAAGGAGGAAUUUAAAAAAGAAAGGAGAGAGAGAGAGAGAGACACUGCUCUGGUUGUCUUAGCAGCAGAUAUACUGUAAAGCUUCUUCAUCUCAGUUUCCCAACCCAGUUUAUACAGGACAUGCUCUGCAGAAGAAAAAAGAACAUUAACAAAUACUUUUUGUUGAUGAUUUUCAUGAUGAAAUGGAUAACGGAAAAGAUAAGAGAAGACAAGAGGAGACUUGCCCUGCCAAAGGAUGGAGAUCCAUUCAGUUGAUGUCCAGCAAACUUAACCAUCAGCCCCCAACACCUCAUCUGAUAGUCUGAGGAACAGUCUGGCCUGCUUAACUACAGUGUUAGAACACACACAAAGUUCCCACAUGCCAGCCGAUAAGAUCGUUGUCAUCACCCCCAGCCUUCCCUUUGGGUUUGUCAUUUUAAUCCCUUACAGCUAUUAGACUUCCUCUUUACCCUUUUCUGUUGUCUUCCAAAGGGUUUUUACAGACAAGAAGUAGUGGCUUGAUUAUUGUUGUUACCUUUUCAGGGAGAGGGUGAAGCUUUAGUCACUCACGCAAUAUGAAUGAGAGGUACAGGAGGGCUGAAGGGACAUAUUUAUGCUUGUUGCAACUUUUUUGGUCUUAUUUUUAUUGAAAUAAAUAAGGGUGUAAGUAUAUGAUUCGGUCAUCAUAUAUGGUCUAUGAUUAUUUUAUUUUGUUUAUAUUGUGUUAAUAAGAAAUCAAUCAAUAUAUGUUUAUUUCUAUCAGCUUUACUACUUUCGGCAAUUAUAUAUGAAUAUAUAUAUAUAAAUAUAUAUAUGGAUUGAAUUUUAUCUUCUCCAAGCAAUAGUCAUUUAAAAGGAGGAUGCAUAUUAACAUGUAUGCAAUUAAUGUUUGUGCCAGUCUUUGUUGGGAAAUGUUAACAUUUCUACCAGGUGUAGCUUCUCUCUGUGUGCUUGCCAUAGGCUAUUAGAUGACAUAGUCCUAGAAUCAAACUUACCCAAGGCUAGGGAAGCACCAUGACUGUGCAGGCAAGCAGGUAACUCAUGCAUUUGACUCUUAAGGCCGCCAUUGUACCAAGAACAGUAAUCUGUAGCCGAGAUAUAAUACUAGACUAGCACUUAGGAAAGCUUUUAACAGCGGUGGGCUCAUAAGGAAGGAAUGAGGUUGGGAUUUGGUCCAGGGUUUUUGUACGCAGAUUAAGAACGGCAAUAUCCAUAAUCUAGAUUAUGAUGUACUCUAAUAUAAAAUGGUAACUGGUUCCAGUUGAGAAGCUAAACGAUAAGUCAAGUAAUCUACGUCACUCUCUAUAACAAAUAUGUCAGUAUUAUUAGUAAGGGGUAUUUUCUGAACCUUCUUAACCAUUGUAUAUUGUAAAUUAACAGAUUAUAAUUCUAACCUAAGACAUUUUAUUGGAACAAAACACAAAAAAUACAAAAAUACAAAAACAGAAAAAUGUAGUUCAGCUUCUCAGUGUUUCAUGUUUGCUGCUUUUCUGAAAAAACGUUCCCUUUGUUGUUCUCUUUCCUUUCGUUUUUUUUUCUUCCUCUUCCCUGUCUUUUCCUUCCGUUGCGUUCGACGGCGUCGUCGUGUACUUUCUCGUGGUGGUUCUAGUUCUCGUGCCGUGCGCUUUUUUUAGACACAGGGUAGAAGUAGAGACAACGGUGGAUGUACCGAUCCUCAGGAGAUAAGGGGCGGCGUGUUCUCACAUACCUGCCAAUUUACCAGGAAACAAGGCUCUUCUUCCUAGCUAGUUCAACUGAUCCAACAACAACAUCUUCAUCAUCAUCAUAAUAACCUGUACUGACUUAGAAGAGAAUAACAAGUAUCUAAAGGAAGAAACAAAGUAUAUAAAAAGGGAUCAUUUGUGUAACUCUUUCUUGUAGAAUAACAAUGUAUAUCUUAGGUUUAAAUAAAUGAAAAAUAAAAAAUACAUUUGAGCAUUUCCCGAACUAUAGAUUACUUUUUUUGAUAACUCGCUGUACAUACUGCCUUCCUUCCAUUUAGAAACAGCCACGUUGUAACAUUAUCUAAACUCUGAGGUUGCAAAGGACAACAACAAAAAAAAUACAUUUUAUUUUUUAUUUUUGAGUUCAACUCGUUUCCAAAACUCUCGCUUUAACUUUGUGUGCUUAUUAAAAAUAAUGAAAAAUAAAAAAUAAAGAUUACAAUGUUGUUAUUUUCUAGGACUAAUGGGGCGGGGGGUGGGGGGGUUGUGUUUCUAAUUCAUUUAUCUUCUUCCUUGGUCUUGUUUGUUAACUACCGUGUAUGUAUCAUUGGCUAAACAUAAAGAGACCAUGGUUUGGAGAAAGUACUUUACUGAAAGUACUUUACUGGAAGUACUUUUGUAAAUUCAGGCUUCAAUUCAAUCAAUUGCAGACUGUGAAUGUUAAAGCUGUAUUUUAAAGACAGGCGUGGUUUUAUGUCAAUAUCUAAUGGCAAUAGUUUAUGCGACAGCAGCUUGCUUGGUGUGGCAAUUUUAGCACGGUUACACCUCAGAUACUGUGUGAAACCGCAAUGUGGUUUUACUUAAUCUGCAGUUCAUUGAAUUGCGGCCUGAAUUCUCUACAGCCCCUGAUGAGUGAGACAAUAACGUCAAAGCUCUUUUUGGGAAACGUGUUGGCUCGUCUAUCAUUUCCAUACACAACUCCUGAAAGAGAGGUGCUGUUUUCUUUUUCUCUGUCGGCUUCUGUUUUUAGUUGAUGUCUCUGUCUAACUGUUUUUCCAUUUUCAAACCGAUACUAUGUACUGGCCUAUAAAAGGAGCUGAAAGAGUACACAACAGUCUCUCAGAGGUGAUUUAAGCUGAGCUGAUUUGGACAUUUAAUAGUUGAUGGCAAACCAUGAUAAUAACAAAAUAAUAAUAAUCAAAACCUUGUCAGAGAAUAAGGUCAAAGGCUAAUUUUACAACAUUGUACGUAUCAGUCUCAAGACAUAGUUAAGCUGAUUAGCUACACAUCAUUGACUAUUCAAUAUUCUUAGUUAACAUAAAAAUUACCAUAACAACACAUGAUAAUUCUCACUACGAAACUGCUUGUGUGUAGAUUGUUGCCACAAAUAUUGUUGGCUGAUACACAUAUUUCUAGCGGCUUAAAUCAUGCUGAGGUUUUGCUAUGUAUAUUUCAACCCCUUCUAUGGAUCAUAUUUAAGAUAGAGAGAGAGGGGAGUAAUUUAGCCAUAACGAACGAGGGCGUUUAUUCUCCCAACGUGAUGUUGUUAUUUAAGCAAUAUGACUGUGCAACAAACAGACGGGACGGACAGACGUUGCACUUUUUGUUUGAAUUUGAUCAACAUGCUGUAUCUAUUGGACUAUUUUAUCAUUAGAAGAUACAAAAUAAAGAAAUGAACAUGUACAAACAACUGCUAUUUUUUAUGAGAAGUGAAGGAGAAUAGUGAGUGUUAGUCAAGUAUGUAUUUAUGCCGAGGUGUAGCCUACAUACCACUUGUGUGCUUAGGUUAUAACCUGGCAGUUUGACAUGCAAAUGUAUGAAAAAGAUACAGGGGGGGGGGGGGUAAAGAAAGACGGAAAAACAUGAAACAAUUAUAUAUGAUUCACAUUAUGAAAAAAAGAUAAGAUAAAUCUUCCAACCAGGAGUUGCUGGGACGCCGUGUAGUGAGAAACAUGUCCGUAGUUGUAGAUGUGCUUCACAUCAGUUAACGAUUACCUGUAUAUUUUUGUGACGUGUGUAUCAUACAGUGUGCUCCAACAAUAUGUCCAUUUGUGUAAAUGUAUUUAUUUUACAUUGUAUAUAUUGUCCAAUGCAAAAAAGAGAGACCUACGAUUCUGUAACUACGAUCAGUUCAGAUGUGUUACUCCCAUCAUGCCUUUCAGGAUAACGGUAGAGCAAUAUUAAAACAUGCUUCCAGGUUUGACCUCC